AUGAAGAGUGAUGUCUCACAGUCCAAAGACACCAGACUGAUCAUCUUUAAGAUCCUGGCACAGUUUGUGAUCCUGGGUUGUACCUGGGUGCUGGGCUUUUUCCAGUCCACCAUGGUCUUCAAGUACCUCUUCAUCGUGCUCAACUCCCAGCAGGGCACCUUCCUCUACAUCGUUCACUGUCUCUUCAACAAGGAGGUACGUGAUGAGUACAGGAAGUGGCUGGGCUGUUCUUCCAGCUCCUCUACUCCAGACUCUAUGAAAGAAGCACCUUCCGUCUCUGAAGACCUGGACAAGGCUGGCGAAGAGAAACAAAAGAAAGGAACACGGCCAGGAUGAGAGCAACAUGAUACGAUACCAUCAGACCUUCAAAGCAUUUCAGCACAGUGGACAUCCACGGUAUAUCUUUCAAUGCACACUGUACACACUAAGUAUGAGAGAGAGAGAGAGGUGUGUUUAU